GUCCGUCAGUUUGACUCCCUCAGUUCGGAGAGUCCAAGUAUGCCCAGAGAGAGCGAGACACGUAGGGUGGAGUUGAGGAAGCGUGGUGUGGUGGGGUGUUUGGAAAAGAAGUCAGGAAAACACCGUAUUUGUGUGUCAUUAAGGCGACAACUGGACUAUUGCGUAAGAACUGGACCCAUAUUGACCCAAGUACAAAGAAAGCAGAAAACAGGAUCAGGAUUCGACUGCUGAGGAUUUUCUCCUCAGGGGUGUUCCUGCCCUCUUUUUUUGGACUCCUUCAGACAUGGAGUCCUUACAGUCCAAGGCCACUGAAGACACCAAAGAAGAGGGUGAGAACGCAGGAAAAAACAACAGAAUUUUUCAGAUUUGUUUUUCUUUUUCAGCUGCAUAAUUCAUUCUUUGCAACGAAGCAAAGAUUUGUAGGUAUUUUGGGAAAAGAUCCCCUUUUUUCCACCAUCUUAGAGAAAAUACUUUAGCAGCAUAUAAAUCUAAAGUCGGAUGUUGUAUGGGAACAUUUAGUCCCGACAACCUGUACAUUUUAAUCGAGCUGAGCUAUUGACAAUAAAGGCUAAAGAUCAAGCUCCAAACCCCUCCCCAACCUCGAACAAUCUUUUCAUUUUCCCACUGUGGACUCCCCUGACAUUUUCUCUGACCCGGUCUUACAUAAUACGAGUUUGUGUUCCAGUGACCAACAGCACUGAGGCGUAGUUGGAGCAUGACACACUGGCUCAGAUCAGAGGAGCUUUCUGGGCCUACGUGCGAUCCGUACAAAGGCGAAUCAAGGGUUACCUGUAAGAUGAUAUGAAAUAAAAACAGCAUGAUCAGCCAGCUUGAUUUAAGGCUGCAGUGACUCUGUCACACGCUGGGUGAUGUGCAGGAGGACACACUAAAUCAAAAAUCUGUUGUGUGAACAUGUUGACAUGUUUUCUGUAAGAGGGCCUCAGUUCGGAUUAUCAAAACAUCUGCUAACCUGGAUUACUUAGAUGUGUGUGUGAACAAUAAUACAUUCUUGGCUUCAUCUGUAUAAUUCUUGAUGUUUUCUUGCAAACUAAGAUGACUUAUGGUCCUCACAGGGAACUAUCAGAGAUGAGUUAUUGGUAUAUCUAGUUAAAUUCAUGAAAAACUAAACGAAAAUUCAGAUCCCCUUUGCAGAUACAGUCUUGAUAUCUGUGUGAUUAUCCAUUCAACUAAUCACUGUGUCGCAUAAUUGUGCUGAAGUAGAGAGUAAAACAACAACUUUUUUAAGUGAAACAAACCAGAAUACGGCUGUAAUACUAAAAAUAAAUAUUCAAAUGUUUUAAAGUUUUAUUUAAAUGUCUUAUAAUCUAAAUGUUUAAGGUCCAGUGAGCAGUUUUUAGAUGUCUACAUGAUGCUUUCUCAUGUCCUAAAAAAGCAAACAAGACCAUCAGGAUCAAGAUUUAUAAUUUCUAUAUUGUAGUUUUUAAAGAGCGGGUGUCAGAUAAGAUGGUAAUUGGUAUUUAGCGAUUCACAAUGAUCAUUAUAUUUGGGUGUUGGAAGAAAGCAGGGGGAGUUUUUGUGCCUGAAAACAAAAUUCACCUUAAAUACACGCAGAACAAGCUCAAGAAAUAGUCAUGUUGUGUCACUUUUUUUCCAUCGGGGGCGCCAAAAUCAAUACAAAUGAAAAGUUUGGCUUAAAUAUUUAAAGUUAAAGGCAUGUUUUUAGGAUGAGCAGGGGUAGAAAAAGGUACUUAUUACACAGACACCCUUAUUAUGAGGGCUUUUAACUAUUUAUGUGAUCGUUCCCCUUCAUAUUUUGCCCGUCUGCCUUGUGCUAUUCUAUAGAUUCUGCAUUUAUCAAAUUUAUAUCGAUGUGUAUCGUUCAAACCCUACCUGUCUUACCUGAUGCAGGGGCUGCUGUCGAUGCAGAACUAGCCAAAGCCAUAAUGGCUCGAGGUUUUCGCCCCUCUGUCAUUGGUGUGGAGGCCUGGGAGGGCUACAGGUUUCAUGAUCAGGAGAUCAAGAUCAAAGAGUCCACAGAUGUUUAUGGAGCUGUGCUCUGGCCGUCGGUAAACCCCAAACUUAUCCGGUGUCCUCUUCAUCCAAAAUCUUUGUGCGGCAUUUAAGACCUGCAUGUAAGCUACAAACUUGUGUAUCCCCCAACAGGCGAUGGUGUUGUGUCAUUUUUUAGACACAAAUCGAGACAAGUACAACCUCCUGGACAAGAACGUGAUUGAACUGGGAGCUGGAACCGGGCUGGUCACCAUUGUCGCCAGUCUGUUAGGUAUAAAAGAAAUCAAGAAAACUCAAGGAUCACAUUUGAGGUUUGGUGUUUUUUAAAUCCUGGUUGGUGUAACUGUUUUGUUUCUCUCCAGGUGCUAAAGUGACCUCCACUGAUCUACCUGAUGUGUUAGGGAACCUCCAGUACAACGUUUUGCGUAACACUAAGGACCGAUGCAAGUACAUCCCCUCGGUAAGGUUUCAUUCUUAUAUCUUAUCACACAGAGUUCAUACAUUCGAUAAGACAUUAAUUUAGAUUGACCAUGAACAAACAUUCACUCUCUUUAUAAGAAAAACAAACUUGGGUACGACCAUCUCAUUUUCAGGUCACAGAGCUGAUCUGGGGUCAAGAGGUGGAGCAGCGUUUCCCUCGUGCCACACACUGUUUCGACUUCAUCUUGGCGGCUGAUGUGGUUUACGCCCAUCCUUACCUAAAUGAGCUGAUGGACACCUUUGACCACCUGUGUCAGGAAAACACACAGAUCCUGUGGGCCAUGCGCUUUCGUCUGGACCCAGAGAACAGAUUCGUGGAUCGCUUUCAGCAGCGCUUCCACCUGGAGGAGCUGUACGACCUCCCCAGUCUGAGCAUCAAACUGUACCGAGGCUGGAGGAGGGGCAGGGAGACACGGGACCACAGAGAAGCUGCAGCAUGAACUGUGUGUGCGUGGGUGUGUUUGUUAGUUGUGGAAAUGUUUUAUUUAAUUUGUGAUAUCAGAUGUGAUUGUGGAAUUCUACUCUGAGGUUUUAUGAUAAAUCUGUACAUCAAA